AUGUCAGUAGCUAUUAAAGCCUAUGUUGAUCAACUCAUAGCGCUAGACGAAGCAGCUUUAGCUGCCGAAGCCACUUUAGAAAAUAUGGUUGAAUGCAUUUCGCAGCCGCUCCAAUGGCUUCAAAGUGAUGAACAGUUACUGAAUCAUGAGCAGCAAGUAGCGUUGAUGCGACACGAAAGCUGGAAAAAGCAUGUUUGGCAUAUUUAUCGAGAUAUAUUGCCGCGUUGGACGUUUGCAUUUCAGAACCAUUCUCAAAAUAGAACGUUGUUAAAGACAGCUACGUUGUCGAACCCAGCUGCUAGCGAGGAAGUGAGGUACCACAUGGCUGCCAAGAGUUUACCGAUCUUGAUAGAGUGUAUCACUGAUGAGCAGCAACGCCACAACGCGGCUUUGGACUUGCUUGAUAUAUAUGCUUUGUCUUUGAAAAAGCUGUCUCUAUCAGCGGAUAUUCUUUUCUUGUAUGCUAAAUUUACGCCAGACAGGGAUUGCCGAUUUUUGGUGUCGUUGUUAUGUUCGAUACCAAGCCAUUUAGCCAAUACGUUUGGUGUUCAUUCGCAGGACAUGUCCUUUUAUACAGAACAGGAAUGGUUUUUUGAUAGAAAGUUUUACGCAAGACUGAGCCGUCAUUUAGCCGAGUGUUUGAGAGAGCAUACGGUUCGGUUUACAGUAGAGUUGGCAACAAAAAUCAUUCGACAGGGUUAUGAAGAUCUCUUUAUGGAAUCUAUCUACCCUAUUGCAUGCACACAUCAUACUGAUUUAUGGCCACAUGUGUUUGAGCAAGUGGAAGCCAUGACUUCAACAGAGCAAAUUGUCAAGCCGAUUUUAUCCUAUGUUAGGAACACAAUUGUGCCCAACACCACGAUCAAAACAGCAUCGGUACAAUUAGCACACAUUCUUUUAAAAGAUACCACCACUGCCAAGACCGCAAGCUCAUCGACAGACAAACUACGUGUUUUUGCUUUUUUGAACACAAGUCGUCUAAAGCUAUCCAGAGUCACUUGGGCUGACGAGAUACUUGUGAGACUCAUUAUUUCCACUGUUAUUCAAGCAGAAGGAUGUCCAAACGACACUCAUCUAUCAGACAGUGCCCAUACCAUUCUGCUUGAUUACGCAAAAACGUGCCUCAAGACAUGGUCUGAUCCUGUAUUUAUCAAACAUGGAACUUCUCGUGAACGACAUUAUUUGACCAUUUUCAUCUUGGUGCUAUUAGCGUAUUUACCUACAGAGGAUAUUGAGACGCACAUUAUGCUUGAAACGCGUUUUAUGUCUAGUGUACAUCAGUAUUUCGAUAGUGGGGACAAACGAACAGCAGCUUAUGGAGCACUCAUGGCUGAAUCUAUAUCCUCUCGAGUGGAUAAGGAAAAGAAACUGAAUACAGGUCUGCUAGAGUCCAUGGAUGACUUUAGCGUACUCAAGGAACUUAUAUAUACAAAAGACGCGUUUGAACAAGUGACGAGUGAAAGCAACACUGUUCCACUGACAGAGAAUGAGAGCGAAGACGAUAAAGACGAAAGCGGGGAAGAUGAAGAAAUGGACCCCGACGCUGAAUUUAUCGUGACAGACGACGAUAUCGAAGAAGAAGAAGACCAGGAGGAGGAGGAGGAUGAUGAUGAUGAUCUCCAACCUUAUUAUAUGGAAGAGGAAUCAGAUGAUGAGGGUGUAAAAGAAGACGGCUUCUCGAAAAAACCUCAAGACAAACGGAAACCAGUAUAUGUGAGAGAUCUGAUUUGUUACUUACGAGAUCAGGAAGACCCGGUGAAACUUGAAAUUGGGUUGAAUGCAGCAGAACAAAUUAUCCGUCAAAAAGCUGGGGCUGGAACCGAACUGAAUGAAUCGUCCAUUGAAUUAGCAAAAUACUUGAUCACUUUUCCAGACGCUUACGAAAUCGACCAUGCAAGACAGUUACAACAGGCGGCCUUGGUGGCUUUGAUGGCAGCGGUGCCUGCCACAGUGACAGGGUUUAUUAUCGAUGAAUUAUACGACAGAAACACAUCUACGGGACAGAAGCAGCUUAUAUUGGGCUCCAUUUCAUUAGCAGUAAGAGAGCUGGCUGGAUGGUCAUUGUCGGGAAACGCGGACGAAACAGAAAAAGGAGUAACAGAAAUUGAAAAGAAGUUGGAAGAUAUAAGUUUAUCCGCAGAAAAUAGCCUCGUUAGACAACAAGUAGGUAAGCCUGUCUUUAUGUCACGAAAGAUGGCGUUAGAAAAGCAGCAGAAGACGGUGCAAAAGAAUCGAUUGGCCGGCUUAGCGGGGCCCGUCUUUUUCUUUCCUCUGUUGGUUGGAUGGUGGGAAGGUGCACAAGGCCGCAUAAAAUAUUGGCUAGGAAAUAACCAAAUAGUAGCUGAAAGGUUUAUUUUAACGCUCAACAUCAUAUUGCAUAGCGCCACAAACACACCGGAUAAAAGAAAGAUUGUCAAAGAAUAUUUUGAGUUUGCCUUAUCCAUGAGAUAUGCGCAUCAACAGUCGGUUGGUGUUAAAAAAGCACUGUUGCUUGGUAUUGAAACAAUUAUCAGUGUAAGCUAUGGUGGACAGGAAAAGCUUCUUUUCUACGAUUAUAGAAAUGAACUCGAACAAGUAAAGGAUUGGCUUGCAGACAUCAUGGAAAGCCACUCGGAAGAACAAUUGCAAGAAAUCACAGUUCGUAUUCUUGUUAGAAUAUCAAAAAUCGCAUUAGCAGAAUUACGAGGUAGUGAGUAG